AUAUCGGUUAUUUGCGUCCCCUUCCACCGCCAAAACCGGCCGCCGGCCAUCUCUCACGCCGUCAUUCGUCGGCCUUCGCGAUUUGCGCGCUUCUCCGUGGGGCUCAUUCGCCUCUUUCGUCCUCGUCUCGACGAGUAGCUGGAAAUCACUUGGAAAGGAAAGAAAUGUUGGACCUCAACGUGGAGUCUUUGGGGGAGCCGACGGUUAUCGAAGAAAGGGCAUUUGCCGAAGUUACCGAUGGCAGUACGCUGGUGGUUGUCUCGGAGACGUCCGAAUCAUCCGUCCUUAACGCUGAGGCUUCCACCAAUGCUCCGGCCGACGAAGACUCGUGCUCUAUCGUGCCGGUUGCGGUCACUGCCUUCAGAUUUGGUAUCUUGAAGAGCUCCGAAGGCAGGAAUGAUGUGGAGAUGGAGGAGGAUAGAAACGAAUUUUCGAAGGAGACACGCAUAGUCACCAAGCUGCUGUUUCCUCCGGAGUCGGCAGUAGUUGUGGCGCCUUCCUUGCCGUCAUCAUCAAGAUGGCAGUGGAUGGAUCAUACACAAGCUGGAGUUUGUCAACCGCAUCCAUGGCAGCAACAUCAACGGACACAGACACAGACACAGGCACAAACACAGGCACAGGCACAGGCACAGGCACAGGCACAGGCACAGGCACAUCCAGAUCAACAGCAACCGAAGAAGGGUAGGAGAGGGCCUAGAUCAAGAAGCUCUCAGUACAGGGGCGUCACGUUCUACCGGAGGACAGGAAGAUGGGAAUCUCAUAUCUGGGAUUGUGGAAAGCAGGUAUAUUUGGGUGGUUUUGACACUGCUCACGCCGCUGCAAGAGCAUAUGAUCGAGUUGCCAUCAAAUUCAGAGGACUUGACGCUGAUAUUAAUUUUACUCUCAGCGACUACGAGGAGGAUAUAAAACAAAUGAGAAAAAUGACUAAAGAAGAAUUUGUGCACACACUUCGGAGACAAAGCAAUGGAUUUUCUAGGGGAAGUUCCAAGUAUAGAGGGGUGACUCUUCACAAGUGCGGUCGCUGGGAAGCUCGAAUGGGGCAGUUGCUAGGAAAAAAGUACAUGUAUCUUGGGCUAUUCCGCAGCGAAAUAGAAGCUGCAAGAGCUUAUGACAAGGCAGCUAUCAAAUGCAACGGGAGGGGGGCUGUGACCAAUUUCGACCUGAGUACCUACGAGGGAGAACUUUUUACUGAGGUUGACAUUGAAGGCCCUAACAUCGAUUUGAACUUGAGAAUUUCUCAACCUUCUAUGCACAGUCGAAAGAGGGAUCAAAAUCAGCAAGAUUUUCUGUUCCAUGAUGCCUCAUUGGAUGUCGCUAAGAAGAAGAGGCAUCCUCAUCCAGAACCAGCACAUAUCCCACCUGAGAAUUUCCCUUCUUGGACCGAUCAAAAUCCUACUUUCCGUUCCAGCAUCGAGCAUCAUCAGGAUUCUUGACUGCAUGCCACCACGAGAGCUGCCAUUCCGCCUCCAAAACCAUAUCCAUUCAGUACAUCCAACUGCCGUAAAUAAUCAUUAAAACAGAAGCUUAAGAUGAUUUUGUGGCGGGAGAUGCAAUCACAAAGAAUUUGAUGUAUGCAGGAUACUGAAAUAUGAUGGUCGACUGCAAUAAGACUAAUCAAGGGCGGUGCUUGCUCUAAAAAAUAAGGGAGAUGCAACCUUGACUUUAAAUUACGUUACAGUUCAGGAAUAAGGCAUAAUAUCCUCUCUUCUUCGUUUUUUUUUUCUUUGUUUUCCCAUAACCCCCAUUUUAUUGUAACUCAUAAAUUUCAUCUUGGUUUACUCCCUCUAUUAAGAGACAAAAUUUGAAAAG